UUGCUAGCUAUUAGGCUUGUGUUUAAGGAGUCGUUCGUGGCCUUUAUAUCGUAAAAAGUCUGUUGUCUACUGGAGGGUCAUCCCCGGCGAGGCAACAAAAAACGAUUUAGUUAGUUAUUCUCUCAGGUUUAGUCGAACAAAGCUCCUGUGCUGUUGUGUGUACUUCAUCAUGGCGGUGGUCAUCCGCUUACAGGGACUCAGAAUCACUGCUGGUUCUGAGGACAUUCGCAAUUUCUUCACUGGCCUUAGAAUACCUGAUGGUGGAGUUCAUAUAAUUGGUGGAGACCUUGAGGAAGCUUUUAUAAUAUUUGCAUCUGAUGAAGAUGCGAGACGAGCAAUGACACGCUCUGGGGGAUGCAUUAAAGGCUCCCCUGUUAACUUGCUUUUGAGUAGCAAGUCGGAGAUGCAGAAGGUUCUAGAGGAAAGCACAAGGAAGUCUGAAACAAAUGUCAAGAAGUUUUAUAAGGAGGGUGUCAAAAGAACUGCAGCAGAUGGAAGACCACCCUUAUUAAAUGAGGACAUGAGAAUAGACAUGCGAAGAGGAGAUCAUCAGAACAUGGGGAAAAGAACAUCCCCACUUUCUUUGAAUGAUUCUCAAAGUCAGAUUGGCGAUGGGGCAUUGAAUGCAGGUGGUCUUUAUUUGAACUUGUCUGGAAUGCCAUUCUCAGCAACGAAGGAGGAUGUCCGCCUGUUUUUUAACGGUUUGCAAAUUGAUGACAUAAUAUUUUUGAGAAAUCACCGUGGAAUGUUUAAUGGGUGUGGUAUGGUCAAAUUCGCAACCAGAGAGGAUGCCAAAGAAGGACUCAAGAGGGACCGACAAUACAUUGGUCCACGUUACAUCAGAAUAAUGUGUUGCUCAGAGGAUCAGUGGGUGGAUGCUGGGGGUUCUAUUAGACUAGAAGGUGCCGGUCAGAGAAAAUAUUUAUCAGACCGUGCAAGAUCUCGCUCUCCCAUUCGAUCUCAAUCACGAUCAAGUUCCCCUUCUGAUGACGAGUACUGUGUGUUGUAUGAAAACCUCUCGUAUUCCAUUGAAAAGAGGGACAUAAAAGCCAUGCUGCAUCCUGUUUGUGUGAAGGACGAUCAGAUCAUUAUUUUUGUUGAUAAGAACAGUGAUAGGACCAAAUCAGCAGUUGUGGUGUUUAGAAAUCUGAAGGACUACUGUUCUGGAUUAGCUCAUCAUAAAGAAACAUUUUUCCAAAGGACCGUCUAUGUUUCUCCUAUCUCCAAAGAAAAGAUGGUUGCCAUAUUGGAAUCCUCUGCUGAUUCAAGAGGAGAUAGCAGAAGGUCCAGUAGGUCAUCUGAACGAUCACAAAAAAGUGCUUAUGACUCAGAAAGGAGAUGCCUGUACGUUCGCAAUCUGCCUUUUGAUGUCCGUAAAGUAGAGAUCAUGGAUUUCUUUCAUGGAUUCCAACUCUCAGACAAUACGGUUGUCCUGCUUCAGGAUGAGAGGGGAGCUGGUCUUGGUGAGGCUUUAGUGAUCUUCCCAACAGAAAAAGAGGCUAUAAUGGCACAGUCUUUGAACGGGCAAAGGUUUCUUGGAUCAGAAGUUAUGCUGAAAUGCAUCACCUUGGCUCAGAUGCAAGAAUUCAGAAAUGAGGUAAUAGGCAACAUGCCAGAGAGGAAUGUUCAGAGGAAUAAAACGAAAUAUGGAAACUCGUCUUUUUUCUCUCGUGCCCGAAUGCAUGUAGAUGAUCGUGUAAUGGCAGAUGGGCCCCACUAUGGACGUGGAAACAAAGGUCCUUUCGGUCAUCUUGAAAGCCCCGAUGCUUAUAGACACGGAACACGUGGACCACAUUAUGAACCACCUGACCAGCAAUUUGAUGGGCCCACCUGUCUUAAAUUGCUCAAUCUACCUUCUCAGAUAAGGAUCGAUGAAAUCUAUGACUUCUGCUAUGGGUACAGAGUCAUUCCUGGAUCAGUCUCAUUACAGUGUGAUAGAAGUGGUGUGCCUGUUGGUUCUGCAACUGUUGUAUUUGAAACCCACAGUGAGGCAGUCACUGCUGUUCAAGAAUUAAAUGGAAGACCCAUUGGUACCAGGAAAAUAAAGGUUGUAUUUGUGUAGAAUUUGGUCCGGGGAUUCAUUAACACAAAGCAGUUUAUAAGGACUCUGUUGAUUAAGAAAUCUGUUAAGUAAUUAAUUUUGGUGACACUCAUUUUGUUCUUUCUAUUUGAUUAAAAUAUCAUUUUUGCUGUCUUUCAAAUAGGGACAUACUGACUAUAAAAUGUUUUCUGCAUUUAGGGUUUAUUUUAUUUGGAAUAACUGAUUUUUAAAAUUUGGUGAGGAUGUUAUUGCAUUUGCAUUUUGCAAAGCAAUUUUAGGGUGUUUUAAUUAUUGUAAUUAUAAGGGUAUCUUGCUUUAGGAAGACUCUGUUAACACUCCAACACCCCAUUUUUGCUUCUUACUUUUUCCUUCCAUCUUUCUCUCCUUUCUCCCAUCAUCUUCUGAUUAAAAGUAACAUCCUGGCCA